AUGGCCAUUGCGCAAAGGUUCCUCAUCAGUAUGUCCUACGAGGCCAGCACGCACUGGACGUUGACUGCGAUUGUUCUCUUGGGGUUCAUAGUGGGGAUUGUGUCAUCAUAUCCUAUUCCAAGCAGGACAAAUGCAACGUUAUUGGAGAAAAGAUGGGAGACCCUCUUCUCCCGCUCCAUUCUGGGCAUCUCGGGGGAGAAAUCGGACCUGAACUGGGAGAAUGACUAUUUGCUAGGUAUCAAAAGAGUCCGGAGGCUCUACUGCAACGUGGGUAUCGGGUUUCACCUUCAGGUCCUCCCAGACGGCAGGAUAAAUGGUGUACACAAUGAAAACCAGUACAGUCUAAUAGAGAUCUCAACGGUAGAGCGAGGAGUGGUUAGCUUGUAUGGGGUAAGGAGUGAGCUGUUUGUCGCAAUGAAUAGCCGAGGAAGGUUAUACGGAACGGCAGUCUUCCAUGAUGAGUGCAAGUUCAGAGAGAGCAUGCUGCCAAACAACUACAACGCCUAUGAGUCUUCCGUUUACAGAGGCUCCUACAUUGCUCUCAGCAAGCAUGGCCGUCUGAAGAGAGGCAAAAAGGCCACCACUGCCAUGACUGUUACACACUUCCUCCCCCGAAUAUGA